AUGUCGCCCCAAGAGUCCAAGCCGAUUGAGCCCAUCGUCGGCAAGGGCAAACAAGUCGACCAUGGCGGAUCCGAGUCCGAAGAUGACGAGCCUGCCGCCGCCACGGCCGCCGACGACCCUGCAGGCACCGCGCCCGCCAGCAGCAAGAAGAAGAAGAAGUCGAAGCGCAAGAAGGCCAAGCAGCUCCUGACUGGCCAGUCCGACGAGCAGAAGCACGCCGACAACGUGAAAAAGGCCAUAGGGGGCCUGACGCCCCAGCAGAUGAAGGAGUUGGUGGCCCUCAACCCGGGGCUGAUGCAAGAACUGGCCGCGGCGUCGGGCAGCUCGAACCCCUCCCCGGACCAAGUCGCCAGUCUGCUCAAGGACAUGAACCUCGCCGACAUCAUGACCGGUCUGGCUGCCAGCGGCAAGAAUGCCAAGGACAUGGGCGCCUACAAGUUCUGGCAGACCCAGCCCGUGCCAAAGUUUGGCGAGGACGGAAGCAAAGUUGACGACGGCCCACUGAAGAUUCAAAAGAUUGACGACAUUGACAGGGAGCCGCAGCCGCUGGUGGCUGGAUUCGAGUGGGUAACGGUGGACUUGAUGGACGACGAAGAAAUGAAGGAGGUGUACGAGUUGCUGAACGGACACUACGUCGAGGACGACGAGGCCAUGUUCCGGUUCAACUACAUCCCCGAGGUGCUCAGAUGGGCCAUGAUGGCGCCAGGCUGGCAGCGCAAAUACCACAUUGGCGUGCGAGCAUCGCAAUCCCGCAAGCUGGUGGCCUUCAUCUCCGCCAUCCCCGUCCGCAUCCGCGUGCGCGACAAGACCUUCACGUCGUCCGAGGUCAACUUCCUCUGCGUGCACAAGAAGCUCCGCGGAAAGCGCCUCGCGCCGGUCCUCAUCAAGGAGGUGACCCGCGUCAGCAAUCUCGACGGCGUCUGGCAGGGCCUCUACACGGCGGGCGUCGUGCUGCCCCGGCCCGUGAGCACGUGCCGGUACUACCACCGCGCGCUGAACUGGAAAAGGCUGCACGCCUGCGGAUUCAGUCCCCUGCCUGCGGGCAGCAAGCCCGAGUACCAGGUGCGCAGGUAUGCGCUGCCCGACAACACGGCCACCAGGGGCCUGCGUGAGAUGCAGGACGGGGACGUCGACGCCGUCGUCGGGCUGCUCAAGAGAUACCUGGCACGCUACGACAUGGCGCCAGAGUUUGCCGCCCCAGAAGCUCGCCACUGGUUCUUGCCCAAGAAGGACUCGAAGCAAGUGAUUUGGCCAUAUGUAGUCGAGGAAAAUGGCAAGGUCACCGACUUCUUCUCCUUCUUCUGCGUCGAAUCCUCCAUCAUCAAGAACAACGACGUCCUCCGCGUGGCCUACCUCUUCUACUACGCCACGGAAGCCGGCAUCGGUGAAGCGGUGGACAAGCCGGCCCUCAAACAGCGCCUCAAUGCGCUCGUCAAGGACGCGCUCAUCCUCGCCAAGAGGGCCAAGAUGGAUGUGUUCAACGCGCUGUCGCUCAUGGACAACGCGCUGUUCUUGGAGCAGCAAAAGUUUGGCGGAGGCGACGGGCACCUCCACUACUACCUGUUCAACUACCGGGCGAGCCCGAUUCCCGGUGGUGUCAAUGCCAAGAAUGAGCUGGACGAGGAUCAUUUAAGCGGCGUCGGGUUGGUGAUGCCGUAG